AUGACGCCAUCCCGUGAUAAGCCCGAUUCAGCUAUCGACAAGAGGGAUUUUGAUGCUCAUCGCCCGUUACUCGAUGAUGCAGAUGCUGAGGCGGAUGAGCAACAACGAGGACACCUACGGUCACGGCCACAGUCGUGUUUAUCGGCCACCAACAAUGACGAUGGUCUCCUGAAUGAUGUUGUCGACGAGAUCCUAGAAAGGGAUAGAAAGAAGAUGGCCAAGGAAGUGGUGCGAGUUAGCAGUUUUGCGUGGGGAGUUAUUAGCUGUCUUGGAGCUGGUAGCAUUACCGCAUUCUCGCUCUACGGACCCCUGUUGCUCACUCGUCUCCACUACACUCAACUCCGGGUCAAUGCUGUCGCAAUCGCCGCGGAGGUCUCGAUGUACUUACCUGUCCCGCUUUUUGGAUAUCUGUGUGAUCGGUACAGCCCAUCUCCGCUGGCCUUAUUCUCUGGUUUCGUGUUUGGGGCUGGGUACCUUCUGGCUGCACUGGCCUUCAAGAGUGGACCACCUCCUGAUGCAGGUGGCGACGGCUGGCCAUUUUGGGUGAUGAUUGUGGCAUUCAUCGCCAUUGGCGUUGCUACCAGUUGCAUGUACUUGGCUGCGGUCGCAACAUGUGCCAAAAAUUUCGGCAGGGGUAAGCAUAAGGGAAUCAUGCUUGCUGUUCCUAUCGCGGGUUUUGGCCUUAGUGGCAUGUGGCAAAGCCAAGUAGGAACGUACUUCCUAUGUGACCGUCUUGAGGAUGGUACGCGUGGGGAUGUCAAUGUAUAUAAGUACUUCUUGUUUCUCGCCAUCCUGUUGUUCUGCGUUGGUGUAAUUGGCACCUUUGCCCUCAGGAUCGUGGAUGAGAACGAAGACAAGUACAUUGACGAGGCGGUAGAGGAGUUGGAGCGCAGUGGCCUCCUUGAGGAGAGCGAGUUCUUCCGGCCCAGGAACGACGACAGAACCGCAUAUGGAACGUUUUCGCAGGCCGAGGACGGCACCGGAUCCGAUGGAGACCAAACUCUGACACUGUCAGAAGAGGAGCGAGAAGCAGCAAGACUUGAGAAGGAAAGGGAAGAAGAAGAACGCCGGAAGAAGAACUGGCUGCUGAACUACGAGACGAGGAUCUUCCUCCAGGACAAGUCAAUGUGGUGGCUUGCCAUUGGCUUCUUCCUGGUCACUGGGCCAGGAGAGGCAUAUAUCAAUAACCUGGGCACUAUUGUCCAAUCCUUGACUCCUGUAUCAAAUAUUACAAAUGCCUCGUCACCUGCAGGCUUACCAUCAACCCAUGUCAGCACCAUCGCGCUGACCUCGACCAUUGCCCGACUUCUCACCGGCUCGCUCUCCGACCUCUUCGCCCCUCCAGCAACUCAUCUCUUCCCUGGUCCGAGUAGCCGCCCUGCCUCCAUCACAUCGGAUACCAAUCGCACCACCUUCACCCGCCUUGCAUUUCUCCUCCCCUCCGCCUUCCUCCUCUCCAUCGGCUAUCUCCUUCUCUCCUCCCCGAUUCUUCUCUACCACCCCGGAUUCACCCACCUUACCACAGCCCUGAUUGGUCUCGGCUACGGCAGUGCCUUUUCUCUCGUCCCGAUUAUCAUCUCUGUCGUCUGGGGAGUCGAGAACUUUGCCACCAACUGGGGUAUCGUUGCCAUGGUUCCAGCCGCCGGAGCCGCCGUCUGGGGUUUGGUCUAUUCGCAAGGGUACCAGGAUGCCAUGGACGACGGAAAUGGCACGAAUGACGGCCAAUGUCAUGGCUGGAGGUGCUUUGGAUUCUGGGCCGUGGGAUGUACGGUAAGCGUUUGGAUCGCCAUUGGGGCUUGGUUGAUUGCGUGGAGGUAUUGGAGACGACGAGGAGUUGUUGUUUAA